AUGAAGGUGGUGACGGUGAUCAAUCUCUCUGCGCCCGUGCCACAGGAGCGCGGCGACCAACGAGGUGACAGGCAGGCCCCGGCCACCCGAUUGGCGACGCGGCAAGGGAGGUGGGAGCUUGGGCCAUGGCGGGAAACGAAACGAAAUUUGCCAAACGAAACAGCAGACAAAAUGAUGGGAGAAAAAACCCCCAGAAAACACACGGCGCUAUGCCCGAUCGGUCCGGGCGCAGGGCAUAGCGCGAAGCAGCCUGGUCGGCUGGCUGGACACACAGCAUCAGAGGUUGGACGAAAGAGAAGGCACAAAAGGAGCAAAGGCGGUGUGGGGUUGCAGACUCCUCUCUCUUCCUUCCUUGGGCGAGGGCCCGUCUCGCCACUGCCGGCCACUCAGCAGCCGCUCGUGAUUGCACAGCACAGGGCUACCGCAGCCAGCCUGCAGCCAGCCUGCAGCUCUCUCUCUCCUUCAGUUCCCACCCUGCAAGCCAAGAAGCAAGCCCAUCAUCACCGGCCACCGGCCAAGGGAGAAAACCCCUCAGGCGCACGCGAGUUUCUCCACUCACGGCUGCCCGAUUGUGUUCCCCCUUGUCAACGCUUGCCCGACUGCGGACUAGCUCGCCCGUGGUCCAAAAAGGGAGUCAUGAUGCAAGGUGCGAGCGAAGGGGAAAAUGCAACCCAAGCCAAGCAACAGGGACGUGUCACGUUCGUUCGGCGGCGGCGCCAGAAGAGAAGAGAAGGAGAAGGAGAGGAGUCUGCCGCCACGGUAACCUGGUUCGCCAGGUCGGCCCUGGAAAGGCAAACGAAGGAACCUGAGGGAAACCGCGGCGCCAUCCCAGCUCCCCCUUCCCAACCCAACCUAGCCGCAGCCAUCCCAAAGCCCUCGCAGGGGAGGGAGGGAUCUGGUGGCAGUGGCCCUGGUGGUAGUGGCCCUGGUGGCAGUGGUCCUGCAGUGCAGGGAAACGCGACCCUCCAGCAGCAUUCCUUCGUUCCCACCGCCGCCAUCGUCGUCACGUCCCAAAAUCCCCCCUCCACUCAGAGCACAGCGCUCCUCCUGCACCACGGGACCCUUGGCGGCCUACGCCCUGCCUCCAACCGAGGCUGGACGAAGCUGCAGAUUCUGGCACAACGGCGCCAUGGCGGUGAAGGUUGGGAAACCACGCAGCCUCGAGGCCCCGAUUGGUCCGACGCGUCUGCGACCGUCCGAGGUCUGUGUGCUGCCACACGAGUCCUGGCCAUGGGAGGAUCCUGA